UUUUCCCCACACUUAUAUAGCCAUCCUUAUAACCAGUCUGAUUCUUGACGGAGCAGCUCUCCGUCUGAUUGGUGCGGGGUGCAAGGUUGAGUAGCGAUAUCAAAAAGACACCGAUACACAUCACACCGGUAUUCGAUCUCAAUCACCUGCAGUCUCUUGAUAUCAACUGCGCUGCCAAUAAUAUCGAGUCAGGGAGCUCCCACUGUAGGCAGGAUGUCUAUGAACUUUGUCACCUUUAAUCAAGACUACAGCUAUCUGGCUGUCGGUACUUCCAAAGGAUUCCGAAUCUUCACAACGGAUCCUUUUACUAAGAGCUAUGAGACCAAAGAUGGAAACAUAGCGAUCUUAGAGAUGUUGUUUUCGACAUCACUCGUGGCUCUGAUUUUAUCACCCCGUCGCCUUCAGAUUACAAACACCAAGCGGCAAUCCACCAUAUGCGAGUUGACCUUUCCAACGACCGUGCUGGCGGUCAAGUUGAAUCGGAAACGACUUGUAAUAGUACUCGAAGAUUAUAUUUAUCUAUAUGAUAUUCAGACCAUGAAACUUCUUUCGACGAUCGAGACUUCUCCUAAUCCGAACGCGAUCUGUGCUUUAUCACCUUCAUCGGACAAUUGCUACCUGGCUUAUCCACUUCCACAGAAAGCACCACCGUCGUCAUUUGCACCGCCAGCACAUGCUCCGCCUAGCACUACAAACCAUAUAUCCCCUACCACUGGCGAUGUAUUGAUUUUUGAUGCUGUGAAACUGGAAGCAAUCAACGUUAUAGAAGCUCACCGAUCUCCUCUGUCUUGCAUCACACUAAACAGCGAAGGUACUCUUUUGGCCACCGCAUCAGACAAAGGGACAAUUAUUCGCGUUUUCUCCGUACCUGAUGGUCAUAAGCUUUAUCAAUUCCGACGCGGCUCCAUUCCAUCUCGCAUAUAUAGCAUGUCAUUCAAUACCAUGUCCACUCUUCUCUGUGUCUCCUCGGCCACGGAUACUAUUCACGUGUUCAAAUUGAACAGCCAUGGCAACAACCCGGAUGGCAGCCCAAAGUCGUCUACGUUUGAUAGGCCCAUCAGCCCCAGUCCAGGCGACUAUCGAGACGAACAUGAUGAAUCCGGGGAUGCAUCCGACUUCAGCUCGAGGAAGCAUAACGGGACAUUAAUUGGCAUGCUUCGACGUACGUCUCAGAAUGUUGGGAAUACUUUUGCCGCUACUGUUGGAGGUUAUCUGCCCAAAGGGGUGAGUGAGAUGUGGGAACCUACGCGGGACUUUGCCUGGAUGAAACUGCCAAAAACCGGGCAGGGAUCGGGAGGUCAGGCCAAUACGGGGCCUGUGAGGAGCGUUGUAGCCAUGAGCAGCAAUACACCGCAAGUCAUGGUAGUAACGAGCGAGGGCAAUUUCUAUGUAUUCAAUAUCGACCUAUCAAAGGGCGGCGAGGGAACACUGACCAAACAAUAUUCUGUGCUCGAUACCAAUGACAAACUUGGAUCAUCAGGCUUGGACUAUUGAUUCAUAUACCCAUUUACUUUUAUGAUACCACGAGUCUAUUAUAGCGAACGAUAUAAUCUCCUAUCUGAACUAUAGCGACAUUUCAUAUUAUACGGACUAUUCCAGGAAUUCUAUACACUAAUUGAUUUCUCUCUCAAAAGCCACUUGAGCUCCUCAACCUCUUCUGGUUUCAGAAGCUCAACCAACAUUGCAGCUCGCAUAAAGUCGUGGUCCGCGAACUCGAAUCCUGGAACAACAGUCUAUUCGGUUUAUUAGCUUUCCCGGCUUUUUCCAUUAAGUCUUGAGGAAGGAAGAAGACUUACCUCGCUAAUCAACAAACCCUCGGACUGUUUGUCUCCCCCAUCGGUGUCAGGGAGCAAAAAAGACGCUUUGAAUUUUCCUCCUUCUACAAUCCAUUGUAACUUCUCUCCUCGUUCAAUAUCGUGGCCGACGACGAAUGUCUCGAUACGAGCUUUAUUGUUCUCGGCAGUUCUAUCGCCGCGAAGGACUUCGUCUGCAUGGAUUAAGACGUAGCAACCGCGACCGCGAUGCAGCGUGUGAACGGUUCGUCCGCGAUUACGAUGGAAGCAUCCCAGAGGAGAACCGGGAGUGAUAUAAUAAUAGAUUGUAGUACUGGCGGAGCGAGUAGAGUGAUCUUGCCCAGGACUCAGUCGGAUGUCAGACGUCACAUCGGUCUCCGGAACAGUAUACGAAGUGCCAGGAUCUUUAUUGUUAAUGAAAGGAUUUGGCACAUUCAGAGGGUCCCGGUCUGUUUCCACAUAGUAUCCUCCCUCGAUAUGGGCUUGCAUGCUCAGGAGAUCGAUGGUUUUCUGUACUGUUGGUGGUUCGGUUCUGUUAUUCAUGUCAUUGUUGUCGACUGGCGUCGGCGCAAAGCUUGGCUUGAUUUGUGACAGCGGUGCAUGCAGCUGAUGUGCCAUUUUAAUUUAGUCUGCAGUUUAGAGAAACACCUCCUUUUUAUCUGGUUUUGAAUUCUCUAUUCUCGUAGUUGAAUCGAUUGAGUGGCCAUUGUUGUAU